GACUAAAAUAAAACUAUCGACACUAUCGAUAGUCCCAUAGUGUUUUGCAAUUCUAUGUUGUAUAUUUAUUUAUUAACCAAGACGAACAACUCCAGAAAAAAUUUAAAAUAUGCGAAUAAGAAUUAUAAGUGUAAUGUUUCUUCUAUUAAUAAUAACCUGUUUUUAUAUAGUCUUUAAUCGAAACAGUUUAAAUUUUAAUACUUCGGUAACCAAUAACACACGUUCUAAUAAAGAUUGGUAUGCUUUUAUUUCAAGAUCUCGUCAAUGUUACAACAUAGCUUUGGUUGUGUGCGGCCAUCGGCUAUGGGAAUCGCUUGUGAUGAUAAAAUCAGUUCUCCUUUUUAACAAAUAUGAUGGAAGUAAUUUGCAUUUCUGGAUAUUUUCCGAGGAUAAACUAAUAAAUGAAUUUGUUGAGCGGUUAAAUGAUUGGCGAAAUUUAGUGCAUUUUGAUUUUGAUGUACUGAAUCUGACAUUUCCCCAAAACCAUCAAAAAGAGUGGCAAUUUCUUUUUAAACCUUGUUCAUCACAGAGGCUGUUUUUGCCGUUGUUACUUCCUCAGGUUGAUUCCGUAUUAUAUGUGGAUACAGAUGUUAUUUUCUUGUCCCCUAUAUCAGAUAUUUGGAAAUAUUUUGGACGAUUUAAUGCAUCUCAGUUUGCAGCUCUUACCUCCGAACAUGAAGACGAAAACAUGGGUUGGUACAACCGGUUCGCACGACAUCCUUACUAUGGUCGUAUGGGCGUAAAUUCGGGUGUAAUGCUAAUGAACCUAACUCGUAUGCGCAUUCACAAUUGGGUCUCACAUAUAGUUCCCAUAUACAAUGAGUACAAGCUACGUAUCACGUGGGGUGAUCAAGAUAUCAUAAAUAUAUUCUUUUAUUACAGUCCAGAUGCUCUUUUGCUUCUGCCUUGUCAGUACAACUACCGACCAGAUCAUUGCAUGUAUAUAAGUGUUUGUAAUGUAUCCGUAGAGGGAAUAAAACUUAUGCACGGCAAUAGAGGUUACUUCCAUUCUAAUAAACAGCCCUUGUUUAAGGCGGUGUAUGAAACAGUAGAAAGCUACAAGAUUGCUUCAAAUCCAUACUUCAAUUUUGUAAUACCAUUAAAAUCAUCACUAAAUGAAAGUGUCGUAAAAGAAACAAAUUGUGGCUUACUAACUGAGGAAACUAUGCUUUUUGCAAAAAAAAUAUUUAGAAGCUAUCAAUCAUUUUUAUAUUAUUGACAGUAAUAUAUAAAUAUAUAUAACAACACUAAUGGUACUCAUACAGGCAUUAACAUGGAUUAAAGUUUUAUUGUUUGGAAAAUAAAUUGUAUUUAAAUUAUUAUAAUCGUAUACUUUACUGCAUUGAAUGUUUCUAGAAGAGCCGAUCGCAAUGAUGUAAUAAGUACGACCGGAAUCCACAAAAACCCAAGUUACAGGCAACACCCAUACCUUUGUACCUGAGACAAUUAAAAUGGAAAUUCUCUAAAUUUGUAAAAUCUUUCAGAAUGAGAAAUGAAUCAGUAUUGCAUAUUAGAGAUAAACUGAUAAAGCUUCUUCACAAUUUUACUGUACCAUAGUCAUGGGCAACGAAGGCAGCUGAACAACAACAAAACUGAAUUAUUUGGAAGGGUUGGGAAAUGAGUUCUGUCUAGCACCACCUCAGAAAGGGAAGUUAAUAGUGCGAUAGAACCUGUGCAUUCCACAAUUGUUGAAAUAAUCAGAUGACUCCAAGUGCAAUAUCCUGAUUGCUCUAUUAAAGAAAUUGUCAACAUUGCAGUUGACAGAUACAAUAUAAAAAUAUAUUCAGUUACAAAAGAAA